AUUCAAAUCUUAGAUUGUUCGUCCAUCGCAGCGCAACCUAUUACUUCCGACCUUAUCUCUACUAUCAACUUCUGCGUUAAAGGAGCCAUGUCUUCUGCUUCUAAGUCUCAUGUGCCUCUAGUCAUCCUCGGAGCGGGGGUGAUUGGACUCACCAUUGCCUACCUUGCUGCGUGUGACUCAGAUGUGGUUUUUGAUAUAACGAUCAUCGCAAGAGAUAUGCCUGGGGAUUGGGGUUCUCAAGCCUGGGGUGCGAAUUGGUCUCCAAUGCCAUUAGGUGCCACGGACGAACGUGUGCGAAGAUGGGAGAAAACAACCUUUGAUAGGUUAUGGGAAAUGGCACCAUCGGGCUUAGUCAAAAGAUUACCCUCUAGGAUGUUUAGUGAGACAGACGAGAUUCUUUCCUCUCUUUGGUGGAAAGACCUUGUGCGCGAUUUCCGUUUGCUCUCGGAUUCUGAAAUCCCUACACCAUAUAAAGUUGGAAUUACUUUCAACACAGUCUGCGUCAACCCGUGGGAGUAUUUAUCAUGGUUUCGAUCAGAGCUAGAGUCUCGUGGUGUUACAUUCCGUCGCCAAUACGUAACGAGUCUCGACGAAGUCAAGCACUUUGUCGGCAAAAAUGGAUUGUUGGUUAACGCAACGUCUCUCGGUUCGCGGUCCCUGAUCGGAGUAGAAGAUACCGCCCUGUUUCCAAUCAGGGGACAAUCUAUUAUAGUCGAAAGUAAUAACUUACAGGAAUUUAUAUCAGCACGGUCGGGUGCCAAUCUGUCGGAACAUGUCACAUCUAUCAUUCCUCGCCCUGGACUGAUUCAAACGAACACUGCGCUUCUUAAUGGAACAUAUCAAAUAGGGAACUGGGACACCUCCUUGGAUAUGUUCGGCUGCGAAAGAGAUAUUUGAGCGAUGCUCCGCACUGGAGCCAUGCCUGAAAGAAGAGACAGUCACAAAGAUCCUUGGGCACACCGUCGGUCUUAGACCCGACAGGAAGGGUGGUCCACGUGUGGAAUUUGAGCGGAUCUCGCUUCCUCUAAUACGAAGUGACGGCUUAGCUCCAUAUAUGAUUGAGAAUGCAGAAGAAGAGGAGGAGCUAUCGGUUAUUCAUGCAUAUGGAAUGGGAGCUGCAGGCUACCAAAGA